AAUCCUCCCUGUAUUUUUGCUUUGCGCUUGGGGAAAAUUGUCCCUAACGAUGUGCCGUAAUUUGCCGUGAAGUAACAUUCACUGUCGCAAAUCCAGUCCGGCAUCAGAGGUCACAACAAACCACUCAGGAUGGGAGGUGACCACGGCCCCAGCAAACUGGUGAUACCAGACCCAAAGCAGUGGAAGGUGGAGGGAACACCGAUGGAGUUCACACAGCAGAGGCUGGCAGCCAGAGGCCUCAAGGACCCAUGGGCAAGAAACGAAGUGUGGAGGUACAAAGGCGGCUUUGCCCGUGCUGUGACUCUGUCUGAUGUACUGCUGAAAGGAUUCAAGUGGGGCUUUGCAGCCUUUGCUGUCGCUCUUGCUGUAGAGUACGCUGUCUUCCCUCCCAAGAAGGGUGGUCACUAAUCCUGAUUAUUGUACCUUAAUCCCAGAACAUGAUGUAUCUAUUAAUAUUCUGUAUUUUCUGUUAAUUAAACAUCCUUUCGAUCAGUU